AACGACGACAAGCAAUAGAAAUAUACUAUAAAGCAGGCUACGUUGUGUGUACGUGUUUUCCGCACCUAUGCACGAAUACUGGUGUCGGGUAGUUACGCUUAUUAUUAAGAGAUAGCUUAUCUUCUUUCCAAGACGAUGUGCUCGUCUUCUCGCAAUUUACGCAGCCGAAUAACAUUCGUGGACCGAUCGCCUAUCCGACAAGGGGACUUCCCUUAUACCUUUCACAAUGCCAGGAAACUUUUUGCUCUGGAUUAUCCUUGGAUUUUUCGGUCUAGAAAUUACCGAAGGACAAAUUUCAUGCUAUCAGUGCAACGUAGACAAGGCAGACCUUUCAAAUGAAUGCAGUGAUCCCUACGUACCGUCCCCGUUGCAUCACUUACUCCCUUGUCCCGAAACAGAGCCUCAUCAUUGUUUGAAAGCUGCAAUUUUUUAUAAUAACCAUCACUUCACCGUGAGGGCUUGCAUGCCCUCUAGGUCGUUGGAUACGUAUUGCGCGGCUGAUAAAAGUUUCUAUUCCGGGGCAGAAAUAAGCUGUCAUUACUGCGAUUACGAUGCUUGCAACCAUUCCACUCCCCGCGUCAAGCCUGCGGGUGAAUUAGCAUUGGGUCUGUUUGCUAUUGUCGUUUUGAAAUUAGCAGGUCCUAUUAUCGGCUAG